UAGAGUCUAAGAAAGUCAUAGGAUGUUCAUUAAACGCGAAACAUGUGUAAUUGUUCUGUGCAUAGUUUCAGAAUUUUGCUGAGAAUUUAUAGCCAAACGUGGAAUCUGAACACAAAUCCAAACACAUAGUUUUGUUUCUUCAGAACUGAAGAUUAUCUUGGCUAUGGAAAGAGGAAGAAGAAUGAAUUAUUAUGCAGAAGAUGGAACUGUAGAUCUCAAAGGAAAACCAGUUCUCAAAGCUAAAACUGGUGGUUGGAAAGCUUGUUCUUUUCUUCUUGUUUACGAGGUGUUUGAAAGAAUGACAUACUAUGGGAUAUCAUCAAACUUGGUUCUGUAUCUGACAAGGAAGCUUCACCAAGGCACUGUUACUGCUUCUGACAAUGUCAACAAUUGGGUUGGCACUAUCUAUAUAACUCCUAUAUUAGGUGCCUAUGUUGCUGAUGCUCAUCUUGGCCGCUAUUGGACUUUUGUCAUUUCCUCUGUUAUCUAUCUACUGGGUAUGUGUCUGCUUACACUAUCAGUUUCCCUUCCAAGUUUAAAGCCUCCUGAGUGCCAUGAAAUGGAUGUGACAAAAUGCAAGAAGGCAACCACACUACAGUUAGGUGUGUUCUAUGGUGCACUAUACAUCUUAGCAGUGGGUGGUGGUGGAACCAAGCCCAACAUUUCCACCAUUGGUGCUGACCAAUUUGAUGAUUUUGACCCCAAAGAGAAGGCACAUAAACUCUCAUUCUUUAACUGGUGGUUUUCCAGCAUCUUCAUUGGGACCCUUUUUUCAUUCACAGUUCUAGUGUACAUACAAGACAAUGUGGGGUGGGCUCUUGGUUAUGGUAUUCCAACUAUUGGGCUUGCUAUAGCAUUCAUCACAUUCCUGGCAGGCACACCCCUCUAUAGACACAGAUUGGCCUCAGGGAGUUCCUUCACUAGAAUCGCCAGGGUUAUAGUGGCUGCUGUGAGGAAAAGGAAUGUGAAUGCUACUAUUGACUCUGCACAACUACAUGAGCUUGAUGUAGAAGAAUACACAAAUAAAGGGAAAUUCAGGAUCGAAUCCACUGAUACAUUGAGGUUCCUCAACAAGGCUUGUGUGAGAACUAGUUCAAGUACUAGUGAGUGGAUGCUGUGCACAGUUACUCAAGUAGAGGAAACUAAACAAAUCCUAAGGAUGAUCCCCAUCUGGGUUGCUACAUUUAUUCCAAGCACAAUGCUUGCUCAGACAAACACCCUUUUUGUAAAGCAAGGAGUUACUCUUGAUAGACACAUUGGCAGAUUCAACAUUCCCCCUGCAAGUUUGAUUGCAUUCACAUCUUUCACCAUGCUUGUCUGUGUUGUACUCUAUGACCGUAUCUUUGUUAAGAUUAUGAAGAGAUUCACCAAGAACCCCAGAGGGAUCACUCUUCUUCAAAGAAUGGGCAUAGGAAUCAUGAUCCACAUAGUGACUAUGAUAGUAGCAUCUUUGACUGAAAGAUAUAGACUUAAAGUGGCCAAGGAACAUGGGGUAGUUCAAAAUGGAGGACAAGUUCCUCUGAGCAUAUUCAUUUUGGCUCCUCAAUUCGUGCUGAUGGGAUUAGGUGAAGCCUUCUUAGAGGUUUCAAAAAUAGAGUUCUUCUAUGACCAAGCCCCGGAAAGCAUGAAGAGCCUUGGAACUUCAUAUUCCAUUACUACUGUUGGCAUUGGGAGUUUCAUCAGCUCUUUUCUUCUCUCCACAGUUUCACGCAUCACUAAGAAAAAUGGCCACAAAGGAUGGAUUUUGAACAACCUGAAUGCUUCUCAUCUUGAUUACUACUAUGCAUUUUUCUCGGUUCUAAACUUUCUGAAUUUCAUCUUCUUCAUGUUUGCUACAAAGUACUUUGUGUAUAGAGCUGAAAUUUCAGAUUCUAUUGAUGUGCUUGCACAAGAACUGAAGGAGAAGAGAUCCAAUGUGUCAAACUAAUAGUUUCAAGUGAUUAGUUGAUUCAAUAUCGGUUUAUUGACAGCUUAAUAUUGUAAACACCUAUUUAACACUUUCAAUAUCUUUUUAUCCCUAUUUUUCUUUCUAUCAUCAAUUACAUUUAUCAUUUCUCUCCUAUUUUAUCAUCAGAUUCUAUUUCUCCUGUUGAUUAGAGAUUGAAAAGGGAAGAAAGGACAUAGUAAAAGCUCAA